AUGAUGGUUUGCGCAAAAAGUAAGAAGAAUGUUACUGAAUCAAGUAUUUUCAAACAGAGUAUGCAGACACACACCAAUGACAAGCCUUUUCAUUGCGAGGAAUGUAAGAAAACCUUCACCUAUUCAAGUCAGCUCAAACGACAUGUACGAACACACACCAAUGUGAAGCCUUAUCAUUGUGAACAAUGUGAAAAGAGUUUUACCACAUCAAGUUAUCUCAAAUAUCAUAUUCAAACACAUACCAAUGAGAGGCCUUAUCAUUGUGAACAAUGUGAAAAGUGUUUUGCCACAUCAAGUCAUCUCAAAUAUCAUAUACGAACACAUACCACUGAGAAGCCUUAUCGAUGUGAGCAAUGUGAAAAGAGUUAUACGACAUCAAGUCGUCUCAAAUAUCAUAUAAGAACACAUACCAAUGAGAGGCCUUAUCAAUGUGAGCAAUGUGAAAAGAGUUAUAACACAUCAAGUAAUCUCAAAUAUCAUAUACGAACACAUACCAAUGAAAGGCCUUAUCAAUGUGAGCAAUGUGAAAAGAGUUAUAACACAUCAAGUGGUCUCAAAUAUCAUAUACGAACACAUACCAAUGAGAGGCCUUAUCAUUGUGAGCAAUGUGAAAAGGGUUUUACCACAUCAAGUAAUCUCAAAUGUCAUAUACGAACACAUACCAAUGAGAGGCCUUAUCAUUGUGAGCAAUGCAAGAAAUGUUUUAGCCAAUCAGAGAAGAAAUAUACAUAUAGGUGGAAAUCCAUAAAUAGUGAAAAUCAGUUCACUGCCAAACUCAAUAACCAAGAUGAGUGUUCAAAUGUGGGAGAACAGAAACGAUUGUUCAUUAUGCAUACUGGGUUCAUUGUUGAGAAGAGAAUUCACAAACACAUAGAAGAAUUCAGAUUGUACAGCCACAAGAUUGAUGAGUGCUGA